UCUCUCUGACUAUAUUCCAAGAACACCAGGAAAAUUACUACCUGGGGUGACUUGUAGAGAGGGAGAAGGAAACAAGUCACUGCUUUAAAGACAGCAGGAAAACCUUGAAUGAAGCAAGCAGAGAGGCGAUCUUAUCACAUGCCUCUGGCCAGUUUGAGUGGCAAGCUGAGCAAGGUGCAGUAAGGAAGUGUAGUCACAUGUAACAUUUACAGGAAACAGGCUACAAGAGAGGGGAACCUUAGAACUUGGGGCUACUCAACGGAUUUAAAGCGAUACAGCAGUCCAUAUUCAGAGGAAUCACCGAUAGUGUAGAGAAGAAUUCUGGAUGUGAAGUCAGAGGACCUGGAUUUGAUUCCCGACUGUCUCCUACUCCCUGCGUGAUCCUCAGAAAGUCCCUUUAUCUUUCAUGAUACCGCUUUCUUCAUCCAUCAAAUAAGGAAGUUGGACCAGGUUCAAGAGUGAUAAUACAGAAGCUUAAUUGUCCAAGAUGCCGGUUCCUCCCCCUCCAGCACCUCCACCCCCACCAACAUUUGCCCUGGCAAACACAGAGAAGCCUUCCUUGAACAAAUCGGAACAGGCUGGAAGAAAUGCUCUCCUUUCUGACAUUAGCAAAGGGAAAAAACUCAAGAAAACAGUCACCAAUGACCGAAGUGCACCGAUAUUGGACAAACCUAAAGGAUCUGGUGGUGGAGGCAGCGGCUUUGGAGGAGGCAGCGGUGGUGGUGCUACUGGAGGUGGUUUCGGAGGGAGUGGUCCACCUGGUUUAGGUGGAUUAUUCCAGGCAGGAAUGCCAAAGCUGAGAUCCACGGCCAACCGAGAUAAUGUUUCAGACUCGGGAGGAAUCCGUCCCCCUAUUUUGCCCCCAGGAGGAAGGGCUACGUCUGCAAAGCCAUUUUCCCCCCCAGGAGGUGUAGGGCGGUUUCCUACACCCUCUCCAGGUCACAGAAGUGGUCCCCCCGAGCCCCAGAGGAACCGAAUGCCUCCUCCUCCCAGGCCUGACCUGAGUGCAAAGCCGGACAGCGGUCCGCCUCCCGUGCCCAGCACGCCAAGGCCAACGCAAUCAAAUCUCCACAACCGAGGCUCUCCCCCGGUGCCCGGGGUACACCGGCAGCCCAGCCUGGGGCCAACUCCUCCGCCUUUCCCUGGGAACCGAAGUGCAGCGUUCGGAGGGAUUCGACAGUCAUCUCCUGGCUCAUCUCCCUUCUCCAACAGACCUCCCCUGCCCCCUGCCCCGAGCAGGGCCAUGGAUGACAAGCCGCCGCCGCCUCCUCCUCCAAUGGGCAACAGGCCAUUGGUCAAUAGGGAAGGGGCUCCCCCGCCUCCUCCUCCCCAAAACAAUAAGCCUCCAGUGCCUUCCACGCCCAGGCCAUCCUCCUCUUCACAGGCCCCGCCUCCCCCUCCCCCUCCCAGCAGGCCUGGUCCUCCCCCUGUGCCUCCAGUUUCCAGUGGGAGUGACGAAAUCCCAAGGCUUCCCCAACGGAAUCUAUCCCUCACUUCUUCUGCACCUCCUUUACCUUCACCGGGGCGUUCAGGUCCACUUCCUCCCCCACCCAGUGAGAGGCCACCUCCUCCAGUGAGAGAUCCACCAAGCAGAUCAGGACCUCUUCCACCUCCUCCACCUAUAAACAGAAAUGGCAAUACUUCCCGAGCACUGCCUUCCACUCCUCAGCUGCCUUCCAGAGGUGGAUUAGAAAACCAGAGAGGUAGUCCAAGGCCUCCUCUUCCUCCAGACAGGCCUGGCUCUGGAGCUCCACCUCCCCCCCCACCCUCAUCUUCAAUGAGGAAUGGCUUUCAAGACUUAUCAUGUGAAGAUGAGUGGGAGAGCAGAUUUUACUUCCAUCCACUGUCUGAUUUGCCACCUCCAGAGCCAUAUGUACCAAUGACCAAGAGUUACCCCAGUAAAUUGGCAAGAAAUGAAAGCCGAAGUGGCUCCAACAGGAGGGAAAGAGGAGCUCCCCCGCUCCCCCCAGUCCCCAGGUGAAUGAGGUGGCCAACUUGCCCCAGCCCAAUCGCUGUAUUUACCUGAAGAGCUGCUUCUGUUGUCACCGUUGGAAAAUCAGCCCCCUCACCCUACCCCCAUCCUUGCCUCUUUUUUGUGUGUCCCCUUCGUGUGGCUAAAGGGUAAAAAGGUGGGGCUAUUGGGAUGCAUGUAUGGAUUUUGUGGAUUUACCAAAUCAAGUCAUAAAAUGCACCUAGAGUUUAUGACCAGUAUAUAUAUAUAUACAUAUAUACAUACAUCUGUAUGUAUGCAUGUAUAUUAUAUAUAUACACACAUAUAUGUAUUACCUUCAAAGCUAUUGCUUGCUUCAGGAGCUGCCUGCAGGUAAAGCCUCUCAUGACAAGUUGACAAGUAAUGAGAGUUUUGAAAUUCAUGUUAGCAGCUUUUAAAGAACAAAGUUUGAGCAUUUACUGCCUAUUUGCCUUAAACCUAUACUUGCUUAAGCUUAUUCACUCACCUGAGAAUGUCUCUUUCAUAAGGAGACUUGCUUAUAUAAUUUUUCUCCCCCAUCUUUGCAUGCUUGGCCUACUUCCUACUUCUGUGAACUGAAGACCAGCUAGGGGAGUUUACUGAGCUCAGGCUUGGCAGUCUAAGGUAGGGUCUGGGAGAUAGAGAAUAAGGAAAAAACCUGUUUUUUUUUUUAAACAACAGUGUACCACAACCCCCCCAAAGACAACCAAUAAAUGCUUUAAUGAUUAAAGAGUGAACAAAAAAAGAAGUUAGGAUCCCAUUUUCCUUGUUAGAGAAUUGACAGCUAAAUAUUGUUUUCCCCUCUUCUCCCCACUAUACCCCCCCACACACACACACACCAUUAGCCAAACUUUUAAUGCAUAAACUUGGUGAGUACCUCAAGAUAGAAUUUUGUUGGGUAUAGUUUGUGGUCACGUGGAAACCAUCCAUUAAAGAGAAACUGAAGGUCUAUGAGUCUCCCUGGCUUAAAACUAGCUGGUUCAUCCAUCUGUAUGUCGUCUGGACUCCUGCCGCACCAAUUUGAAGCAACUUUUGUCUUUCUCCCUUUCUGAGACAGGUUCCAUGAAAUCUGCCUGGCAUAAGUCCAAAUGACGACCCAAAGUAGAAAAGGAGAGAAAGUUAGGAAAAUGUUGUAUUGCAUGCUAUUCUCUGAAACAGGCAAAAAGAUUUGAGUAAGAGAGCAUAGGGCCUUGAAAAUCCAAGGCUGAGGCUUAUUGAAAUAAGAGCGUUUUAGAGGGACAGAACACUGGAAAAAGUUCAAGAAAAAUUUAUAUGGAAGGACCCAUUGUCUUGGAGCUCUGUGAAUGAGGCUUAGAUAAGAACUAUGAGAAAGGCCAGAUGUUCCUUUUUCAUACAGUUUUGUUUACAGAGCCUUAAUGAGAUUUUUAUCUCAAGAUAGAAUGAGGAGGGGAGAGGGGGUGGGAAAAGAAGUUUCCACCUAAAUGUUUUAUAUGGUUGGUUGUGUCUAAAAUCGUUUCAUAUAUUAGUUGUUUUUUAAAAGCACAUUAAUAAUGAGCAUACAUAGAUCUACCCAAAUUUUUAUUACAAUAUCAAAUUAUUCACAAGUUACUGGUUAACUAAAAAAAAUCACUCCAAAGACAGAUUCAAAAGAUGCAUUCAUGUUUAUAGAAUAAAGUAUUGUCUCGUUUGUAUCCAAUAGUACGUAGGGAUAUAUAAUGAAUUAUUAAGUUACCAGUUUGAGUGCUCUGUGUUUUUUUAUGCCUCUCCUUGCCAAAGUGUUGAAUUUGACACGUGAUUGGUUCUUCUUCCCUCCUAUGUCCCACACUUACCUGCCAGGCAGUGAAAGAUUCAAGGUCUGAAGAGUUAUUGCAAGGGCUGGACCCAACAUGUCCAAAAGUGUGUUUUUAUUAUGAUCUAUGAUGUUUGGAGAAUUUAUCCACUGAACUAAAUCAUCUUACUUUGAGAACCUCAGAUAAGAUGCAGCCUGGUACAGUGGAGAGAGCAGUCUCUGGAGUCACAGGACCUGGGUUCAGAUCCCUCCUCUGAUGCUUACUACCUGUGUUUGAAUUCACUUCCCCUGGAUCUCAGAUUGCUCAUCUAUAAAAUAAAGGGGUGGAAGUAGAUAGCCUGUGAGGUGCCUUCAAACUCUCUCUACAUGUGGUCUUGUUCUUUGAUCUAAUUUUGACAGCAUAACAUCCCUAUGAUGAAGACUAAGGUCAAGCUUUUGAAAUUACUGCCCGCCGUCUUCAAUGUAAAUAUAUUAAAGAAAAAAUGGUCCAGGUUUUGUAAAUGAAGCAAAUAGCUGACCUGUUGCAUUUUAUAUCCCACAUUUUUAGAGAGCAGCCUAAAUUUGAGUAUUUCAACUCAAAGUUGCCAACCACUUGGAACCGAUAUAUUUAGAAUGUAUUUUUUUUAAACAACGAAUGUUCCAAUAUUCCAAGGAUCUCUGCUUGCUUUCUUUGAAAAGAAAAAAAAAAACCUUUUCUAGCCAAAACUUCUCAUAGCACCUCUAUGGUAAAACUACAAACAGAAAAAAAGACAAUACUACUGCAAAAGAUGCAAAAAUCAGCAUUUUUUCCUUCCUCCAAAUCUAAGGUUACUAUGUCUGUUUUCAUUUUCUAUAAAAGUUUUAGGUAUAUUCAAGAUGCAAUACAGUAUUUUAACAUUCAUCAUAUCAUUUUAUAUUAAAGUAUAUUUACAGUAUUAAGAUUCAGUAUUCAGUAUUUAUUUCACUAUGCAUUUUGUUUAGUAAAAAGGGUAAAGCAAGAAAAAUGCUUACUCCAUUGGUGCCUUAUUUUGUGAUUUGAAAGAAAUCAACUUUUUUGUGUCUGUAGCAUAUUAGUAAAAAAGAGUUAUGCUUUGAUGUUUUAACUUCUAAUACAAAUUAUGAGAAUUUCUUAUGUUACUUUGUAGCACAAAUAGGGCGAUUGUUAAAAUGCCCAGUGAAUUUCUUUCAUGAAAUUCAUCUUUUCCUACUUUGCAGUCAGAGACUGUAGACAGGCAAAGAUUAAUUUUUUUUCAUAGCACUGCACUGUAAACAUGCACAUUUUGAUAUCUGUUCAUUGUUGGGUAGCUUAAAUGAUGGGGCCCAGUCGGCCACAGUGAUCUGCGCCUUUUAAAAUUAGCCAGAUAAUAAAUAAAAUCAGAAUGAUCAAGCAUCAA